AUGCUCAUGAAUUCGCAAUUCUUGCACAUACGCUAGCCUUGGCGCUGAUUCAGAAUAUAUAUCACUUGAGCUUCGUUCGUUCUCUCACCACUAUCAUGUUGAAGAUGUUGGCUGCUUGUGGGCGAGUCACAGCUGCGCGCCCUCGACAGUCUCUCACUCUAGUUAGGUAUGCUAGUACGAGCACCAAGGAAAAGUUCCGAGUGCUUGUUAUUGGAGGAGGCUCCGGGGGGUUGACUGUCGCCAACCAGAUAUAUAACCGUUUUAAGGCUGCUGGAAAGCCUUUGAACGCAGGAGAUGUAGUCGUCCUUGACGCAGCAGACUAUCACUACUAUCAACCUGGCUGGACCUUGGUUGGUGCUGGUCUUAGCCCCAAAACAGACUUCAGACGACCACUCGCCUCCUUAUUCCCGCCACAUAUUAUGCAUAUUGCGGAGAAUGUCAAAUCAUUCUAUCCGGAAACCUCAUCAGUCACGACAACGUCGGGUCGGACAAUUUCAUACGACUCGCUUGUAGUGGCAGCAGGUUUGAAGACAAACUGGGACAGCAUUGCUGGCUUGCCGCAGGCUCUCGCUGAUCCUUCCUCCGGUGUCUCAUCAAUAUACUCCUAUGAUACCUGCGACAAGGUCUGGCAUGACGUAGAUGCUCUCAGGUCUGGAAAUGCUAUUUUCACCCAACCUGCGGGUGUCAUUAAAUGUGCAGGAGCUCCACAGAAAAUCAUGUGGAUGGCCUGGGACAGAUAUCAAAAAUCUGGUCGAGGAAAUAACAUCAAAAUUGACUUCAUGACUGGCAUGCCAUCCAUGUUUAGCGUCAAGAAGUAUUCGGAUGCCCUGAACGCCCUUCGCAUUGAGCGGGGUAUUGGAGCAGAGUUCCAGCAUAACCUCGUUUCCAUUGAUGCGGCGAACAGAAAGGCAACGUUCAAGAAGGCCGACGGUUCGACCGUCGAUCGUGAUUUCACCCUCCUUCAUGUCGCGCCGCCGAUGGGACCGCUUGAUUUCAUCAAAGGAACACCCAUUGCUGAUCCAUCGGGUUGGGUAGAAAUCGAUCAGGCGACUCUCAGACAUGUUAAGCCUGAGUUUGGAAAUAUCUUUGCCUUGGGUGACUGCUCUUCCCUGCCCACUAGCAAAACGGCCGCCGCUAUUACAUCUCAGGCCCCUGUCUUAACUGAAAACUUGUUUUCGGUUAUGGACACCGGCAAAGUUAGCAGCGCCAAGUACGAUGGCUAUACCAGUUGCCCGCUCUUGACGGGGUAUGGGGAAUUGAUGCUAGCUGAAUUCAAGUAUGGACUUGAGCCCAAAGAGAGUUUUGCCAAUUACCUGGGUGACCAGACAAAGCGGAGAAGAUUGUUCUAUCACUUCAAAAAGGACCUUUUCCCUUGGGCUUACUGGAAUCGUAUGGUCAACGGAAAAUGGUUCGGCCCCUCGGGACCAUUCCGUCCUAAGUUUGUAUGAUGAGGAGUUACCGGAAGUAUCACCCGUUUGAGGACUAUUUUUAUGAAUGAAUCGAUAUGUAUGUCCCCUUCGUCGACGUCGUUGCAAUAUGCUGUUGCAUCGUUGCCUUCGCAAUACGAAAGCACAAAUAUCUGCAGGUCCAUCAGAGUCGCCUUGAGAUACCUCAGCAAGGUACUUACAACUCUAUCUCGGUGCAAGAAGUGUCGGGUUGCUCACAAGUUGGUUUGAACUAAAAAUGUUCGCUGUGAAAACAAAUAUUCUUUGAAAGCU